AUGAACCUUCGCUUGAUUCAAAGACGCUGGUAUACUUCAACGUCUUUCAAGCAAUUGGGACUGUCUUUAUCCACUUGUCAAAGACUCCAAACCCAAUUCCAUGUGACACAGCCCACGCGUGCACAACAGGAGUUUAUUCCUCACCUACUUGAAGGCAAACGUGAUCUUUUAUUGCGAGAUGCAACAGGCACAGGAAAAUCAUUUGGCAUUGCUCUCAGUUUAGCUUCUCUCGUCUCAGCCACCAGCGGAUGCGUCCAUUCAUUGUACAUUGCACCCAAUCAGGAACUUGCUACUCAGAUCGGCCAGUGGAUUCAACAGCUCACACCCCAUGCACAUCAAGUUCAAGUGAUUGCCACUAAUCUUACAGAACAGCCGUCCAUCACACAUACCGUCGUAGGCACACCUAAUCGACUCUUAGAAUAUAUCAACCAAGGCCAGCUGCCUGUGCACGCUCUCGAUCGACUGAUUCUCGAUGAAGCUGACCAAGCAUUUGCUCUUCCCCGGAAGUACGCGCCAUUACGAGAAAAAGAACGACGGGCAAGACACCCCAAGCCGGCCGAACAGCUCCUCGAGAAAAUCAAGCAUGGCAAGCACCAGACAGUCAUCACCUCUGCCACGCUCAAUCGGCCUCUACGAUUCUUUCUCUCUCAGCGUGGCUUUGUCCGAGACCCACUUUUUGUAGACCUUCAGACGACUACAGUUGGUGUCAAGCAUCAUUGUCUGUUGGUCUCAGAUGAUCGUAUACGAAACAUUCGUCCCGAAUUGAUCAAGCAGGAUCUUGACGUGAAACAAAAGCUGGACUUUGACGAUACAGAUGACAGAUUGAUCGAGAGUAUCGCUACCUUGCAUGAGAUCGAAUCAGUUUCUCAUGGUAUUCUCUUUAUUGAUUCUACCAUCAGUGUCGAAGCUAUCAAGGAGAGAUUGGCAGAAUAUCAGGUACAGGCGCUCGAUAUCAAAGAAUACUCAUCGCUUGGUCCUCAACCAGGCGCUCUCUGGGUCGCGACCGAAUUUACGGCCAGAGGCGUGGAUAUACCCGGUGCAUCACAUGUGUUUAUUCUCGGAAAACCUUCUUCCACCGCAGCUUAUUUGCAUAUGGCAGGAAGAACAGGUCGUCUCGGUCCAAGCGGGUUCAGUCAAGGUAAAGUGUUUAGUCUCGUGCGCGAUCAGGGAUGGACAGAAGCCAAGAUGAAAAAUAUGUUUGAAUUAUUAAAUAUACCAGUGGAACACUAUGAAUUUGUUGAAUAA